AUGUCUACCGCCACGACCACGCACGAAGCCAUCGCGCUCGAGGUCGAGCCGCAACUAAAGGCUGAGAUCCCCGCCCCGUCCUCCCGAGACCAACAGCAGCACCCUUCAGGCGUGGCAGCGCUUGCGACUGGCGGAUACGUGUUCCCCGGCAUUCCCCAGAUCGAUGAUCUGCAUAAGAAGCGGCAGUGGCAGCUGGAGCACAUGGCCGGCGCAUUUCGCGUCUUUGCUCGCAAGGGAUUCACCGAGGGGACGAGCGGCCACAUCAGCGUCCGGGACCCAGUCGACCCAGACACAUUUUGGAUUAACCCGCUGGGCAAGACUUUUGGCAUGCUCAAGGCCAGUGAUAUGGUCCAAGUAAACGAGCAAGGUCAGGUCAUAGGCGGCAACAAAACUGCGAUAAAUGCAGCAGGCUUCAUGAUUCACAGCGCCAUCCAUCGAGCUCGGCCGGAUAUAAACGCGGCUUGCCAUACGCAUUCUCCGUUUGGCAAGGCGUGGUCGACGUAUGGUAAGCCCCUCGAUAUCAUCAGCCAGGAUACGUGCAACUUUUGGGGCACCCAGGUUGUGUACGAAUCAUUCGGCGGCGUGGUGUUGGAGCAGGACGAAAGUGAGAAAAUUGCCCGGGCCUUGGGAGAUAAGGGCCGGGUGGCUAUUCUACAGAAUCACGGCCUUUUGACGACGGGCGGAACCGUUGAUGAAGCCGCAUACCUUUACACGCUUAUGGAGCGAUCCUGCGAGGUGCAACUGCUGGUAGACGCCACAGGUCUCGAGAAGAAGUUCAUCGGCGAGAAGGAGGCUGAAUUCACGGCCAGGGUCAAUGCCGAUCCAGAGACUCUGUAUACCGAGUUCCAGCCCGAUUUCCAGUACGAGAUCUGGAAGUCCGAGGGCGAGUUGACUCAGGGCGAGUACUAG